GGAGAGCGCGCGUGCUCCUCAUUGAUCCACUGCAGGACUGGGUUUCAGGGUUUCAGGGGUGUGUGAGUUAUGGGCCCCUGUUGUCACUGUCUGCUCUGCGUUGGACAUUUCGCAUCGCCACAGUAAAUUUAAAAAGGGGAUUACAUUUUGCUGACUGGUGUGUUCUCAGCCUCUGCUCCACCUACAGAAGAAGGACUUCAACUCUGCCUGCCUGCAUUUGCUGGAUGUGGAGCUUGUUUUGACAAAGGCUGCGGGAGAAUAAACCCCCCCCAGGAUCGCAGAUCACCUCAGUGUGAAUAUUAAUAUAGGAGAGAAGAGGGGGGGGUGUCAUCUGUUUUGUUGCUGGGCGUUUUGCGCGCACUAACGGGUGAUGCUGCUGCAACGCGCCGAAGCCGUACAGGGGGAGAGACAGGUGAGGUGCGGCUGAAGAGCGUUUUUUUUUUCUUCCCGGAGAGGCUUUGGAUACCCGUCUCCUCUUUUUCUCCUACGAGAGGCAGAGGAAUUGGUUAUUGGAUCCCACCUCGGGUUCUGUACCUGACCAUCUGGUGCGUUCAUGUGUGCUGCUGCCAUGGCAACCGUGUCUCCUCCCCUCACAUUUCUUCUCCUGGUACUUCAACUGGCUGAUGGCUCAUUCCCAGAGGAGCCCAGUCCUCUCAGCUACGUCCCCUUAGAGGUGGUGAGGCGGUAUCCAGUGUUCUUGGGCAGAGCUCAUCGUUCAGCUCAAAGGCAGGAACUGCACAUCCAGACAGUUCUGCAAGUCAACCGAACGCUCUACAUAGGAGCCAGAGAUGACUUGUACAGAGUGGAGUUGGAUAACAGGGCAGAUGAUGAGAUGUUCUACAGCAAGAAAAGGACAUGGGAGUCCAAUAAAAACGACAUUCAUGUGUGUCGAAUGAAGGGCAAACAUGAGGAGGAGUGCCGCAAUUUCAUCAAGGUUGUGCUCAGCCAUCAUGAUAGCCUGUUUGUGUGUGGGACAAACGCCUUCAACCCACUGUGUGCGAACUACACUAGAGACACUCUGGAGAUGGUGUCUGAGCCUGUCAGUGGGAUGGCCCGGUGCCCGUAUGACCCACGACAUGCUAAUGUGGCGUUGUUUGCUGAUGGAAGUCUUUUUACAGGCACUGUGACAGACUUCCUAGCCAUCGAUGCGGUGAUCUAUCGCAGCCUCGGCGACAGCCCUGCCCUCCGCACAGUCAAGCACGACUCCAAAUGGUUUAGAGAGCCCUACUUUGUGAGCGCCAUGGAGUGGGGGCCGCACAUUUAUUUCUUCUUCAGAGAGAUGGCCAUGGAGUUUCAUCAUCUAGAAAAGGUGAUGGUGUCCCGUGUGGCUCGUGUGUGCAAAGCAGACCUCGGUGGAUCUCCACGAGUCCUUGAGAAACAGUGGACUACAUUUCUGAAGGCACGGCUCAACUGCUCCAUCCCCGGAGACUCCCAUUUUUACUUUAACCUCCUGCACGCCACAAGCAACAUCAUCCGCAUGCAAGGGAGAGACGUUAUACUAGGCCUCUUUUCAACACCGCCUAACAGCAUCCCCGGCUCUGCAGUCUGCGUGUUUGACAUGCAGCAGCUUGCUCGUGUAUUUGAGGGCCGCUUUAAAGAGCAAAAAUCCCCUGAGUCUAUUUGGACACCUGUACCAGAUGAGGCUGUGCCUAAACCAAGACCAGGAGGAUGUUCAGUCCAGGGUUCAAAAUUUAGUUCCUCGACUACGCUGCCAGAUGAGGUCCUGAACUUUGUGAAGACCCAUCCUCUAAUGGACGAAACUGUUCCACUACUUGGACAACGCCCCUGGGUGGUGAAAACUAUGGGGAGGUACCAGUUGACAGCCAUGGUGGUAGACACAGAAGCCGGCCCCAACAAGAACCGCACAGUCUUGUUCCUGGGAUCCACACGAGGGACCAUCCUCAAGUUCCUAAUGAUUCCUAGUGGGGAUUCGGUCUCCCACAGCAGUGUGUUUCUGGAGGAAGUUGAAGGAUUCAACCCAGAGAAGUGUGGGGAAGACACCCCUCAGGCUCGCCAGCUCUUGGCCCUUACUCUGGACCGGAGCAGCCACACUCUGCUGCUGGCCUUCCCGUCCUGUCUGGUCAGGCUCCCCACAUCACGCUGCCAUCUGCACUCACGCUGUAUGAAGAGCUGUCUGACUUCCAGGGAUCCAUACUGUGGAUGGACCAAGGGCAGCACCUGCUCCUUCCUGAGACCAGGCACACGGCUCCCUUUCCUGCAGGAUGUGGAAUAUGGAAACACCACCUCCCAUCUUGGAGACUGUGAUGGAAUGUUACAGCAGAGUCUGUUGAUAGAACCGGAGAGCUUGGUCUCCCUGAACCUGCUUGUGGCCUCUGCAGUCUCAGCGUUCACCAUCGGGGCGGCGCUCUCUGGCCUCGCCGUGUGCUGGAUCAUGGCUCACAAGCCGGCCAACCGUCGCCACGGUUCCUCCUCUCAAUCUUCCAUCCAGCGGCGUGAGAGAAGCCUGCUGAGCAACACAAGCGGGAUGGCUGGCUCCGUGCUGAGCGUGACGCGGCAGGGAGGUGGGGAGCGUACCUGCUCCCAAGGAGGGGAGACGCUAUUUGUCAUGCCUAACGGCUGGGUGAAGUCAGGAGAACUUGACCCCGGCUUCCUGCCCACACCAGAGCACACGCCCCAGCAGAAGCGCCGAGGCCUCCGACUGUCUGACUCCAACUCGGGUGGAUGGGAUACCAGCCAGACCUACCUGGGUGGAGGCUCUGUUGGUCUGGGGUCCCCCUGCAGAAUGCCCCCAUCUGUUUACCUGACCACCAGACUCUUCCAGCAGGGCGGUGGAGGUAGACACAGCGAGGGCCGCGGGCAUGACACCCCCCGCCAACAUUACGUCUGCCUAAGCAAACAGGAAAGAGGUACGCCCAAAGGGAAGGGUACGCCAAAAGCCCCUCUCAGGAAGUCUGCGGGGGAGUACGUCUACCCCAUGACUCCACAGGACUCACCUGAGCGCCGGCGGGUGGUUUCAGCUCCCAGUGCCCCUGCAGAAUACAGCGAGCCACUGCCUUUGCGCUGGCCAGCCCCCGAAGGAUACAUCCUCAGCAGCCACGGCAUAGUCCCCGUCCCCCUGCCUCCUCCCGCCAUGCCUGCUCCCAGCAACCAGGCCUACCUGCCGCAGCAACACCCUCCUGGGCUGAGCAGGGCUUUGCUGAGAGGUGCCCUGGAGCGAGGGGAACUGGGUGAGCUGGUGGACUUGAGCCAACUGAUGAGUAAGAAAAACUGCAACGAUAGAACUCAGCCCGGGCAGUGACUGUGGAGCAAAGAGACAUAAUUCAGGCCAUGGAUUUCUAAAUUCUCUUUGCUCUGUAAACCUACUUCUGUUCUCCAGCUUCUAUAUCUCAUUGUUAUUUAGCCUCCUGAUCUGCAAACUGUCUCUCAGACGAACCCAUAAUGAGUUUUUUCGUUGGACUGGCUGCCGGCUCUGUCAUUCAAAUCCUGUCGCUCACACUAAUUGGUCAGACGGCUGAGAUUGUUGCUGUGUCUGCAUUGCAGAGCUGCCUGUCGCCUUCUGCUCUCAGCAGCAGCAGGAAGAAAGAAGAGAAGUGAGCAGCGAGGACGAGGACAAAAGCUCAAAGUAGCUGAAGCUGAGUCACUUCUGGAUUACUACAAGACAGCCAUCCAUCUUUUCUUAGCCAUACCCCCUGUUGCUUUGAUUGCCUAUUUACAAAGCUCUCAAAGUGAAAUGGCAAAUCCUGGAUGUAUCACAGGAACAUAAAGCUCGGGUUGAGGGACCUGACAGAAACUGAAGUGGUUUCUAUCAAGUCAAAGUGUUUCCUUGUAUUCUUCUCUCUGUGCUGCACACAUGCAUCUCAUGCGCACACCGGGGUCGGGGUGUUUUGUAUUCUUUGGAAACCAGGAUUGUGUGCCAAAAGCCUCUAACGCGUCUCUGUCUCGUGUAUGGGACCAUAACUCACGUCGUUGGAAAGCAGUGCUGGACUGAAAAGUCAGCACUAUUCUUGCCAACUGGGCGCUCUCGGGAAUGACGGCAUAUCAGCUGCUCAGUCUGCUCUCCCCUGCAACUCUGUGUGCUUUUUAAUGACCAAUAUCCUCUCAAGGACAUGGGGGGGGGGGGGGUGCACCGCAGCACCCAUGAAUAUCUCACCUGAACACAAAGGAAAAAAGAGAUUCAUUUAAACGAACUUGAAUAAACGACCAACUUGUCUGUCCCAGGAAAGGUUUUUAGAGGUCUUUUCUAGUGCUGUGGUUAUACGGAGCAGAAUUUCUCUGUGUGGGUCAAAGUCCCACAUGAUGAUGCGCUGAAAACUGACAAUGACAGGGGUCAUGAUUGAAACUUCUGGCUUAACUCACACAGAGGUAAUGGAAAUGUUCCCAGCAGGCUAAGGGGACUAUAUAUUCAGCUCAUGAAAGUGUCCUGUGCCAUGAAGUGCUUAGAUCAACACAGCAUGGACUACGUGCGUUCCAUCAGAGAGCCAAGUCAUAAAACCUCAAGAUAAAAAAUAAAUAAGACUUGGCGAUCCCAGAGGCAAGUGGAUUUUCACUCGCAGUGUUGACAAACGACUUGUGCUGAUCCUGUAGUGAGCAGCAAUAUGUGGUUCAAAUGUACAUAGUAAACUUUAAAUAAAACAAUAUUGUGAGACUGUAGCUCCGAAACCUUAGGCGGGUGUUGACCUGCAAAACAAAAAUAGUUACAUAAGUACAUUUGUCAUGUCGAUAAUGUAUGAAUAUGUGUUUCAGUUUCAUAUUGUCUGGUAGGUAAAUGACUACGUGUGUGCCAAACCCAGCUGAUGAAUGACUUAUAGACUUGAAUGCCUGAAUACUACAGCAAAAAAGGAAAGAGUUUUGAAGUGCCAUGACGAAGCCCAUUUCACCCAGCAGCGCACCUUUCUGGUGUGCUCUCUUGUUGCAGUAUACUUACAUGUAUGCCUUUGACCUUACAUGCUGAAUGUCUGAUUUCCAUUUAGAUGUUGGCUCGUACUGUUGAAUUAGUUUCUUCGGCUCCCAUUGCUCCUAACGCCGAAUGAAGUCACGGGAGAGUCUGCGUGUCAACUACUCUGAUGCUCCACGGCAGGAACUGUGCAAAUGUGAGAAAAGACAUUUUGUAAUGAUCUUUAGUCACUGUGUCCGUGUACCCUCCUCUGCCCUGACAUGAGCUCAUUCUAAGGACGCCUCCAGAGUAGUUCAUAAUCAGACCCUAAGAUGCAUUCUGGGAACACUGUGUAAUUAUGAAGGUUUUAUCCUGGUCCACAGCCGACUGCCACACUGACAGAUCUUGAAAGUUUAGUCAGCAUCCUGAGUGGAUGAAUGUACUCAUUCUUGUGUUUUUAGUGCCGUAAUGAUGAAAAGCACAAAAAGUGUUUCUGUUUGUUUCUGAAGGAGCUGUCCUGUACCAUUUGUGAAUAGUGUAAAUAUUCAUCUUGAAUGUACUGUGCGCGUUCAGGCCGGAUCAUCCUCUAAGGCAGGACUGUGUUUGAAGUGAGGUUUUUUUUUCUUUUUCUUUUCAGUUUUUUUUAAUGGUGACAGCUCUGUGAAUAAAGUGUAUGUACAGUACCUAUGUGGCUGAACGCAGAGUUUAGCUGUUUCCUUCUUGUUGUUAGAGUAGUCGCGGCGUCACCUCCGCCUGAGUUGAGCCUUCUCAUUUGACCGAUGCCUGUCACGUUUUGCAGUUGCUAAGCUACUGAUGAUGUAAAAAUCAGUACUGCUAAUAAAUGGCAUCAUAUAAUAA